AUGCUCCAAAAUCAUCAAAAAAUAUACUCCUGUGCUCAGAAAAAAUCGACAAAUCUCAUCGCGUUACUUUCAGAAUCACCAAAUCCGUUUUUGGAACCUCUUUAUCUCUUGAACUUUUCAUUUUCUCUAUUUUAUACACUGUCAACCUCGAAUUGGCGUGUUGACUAUAUUAGACGCGAAAAUACAUCAAGCCGUCAAGUUUAUCACAAACAACUGAAAACUACAGCUUCUGAUCCACAGAUCACCUCAAUUCUCCUUAUACAAUUCGACCUCGAGCCACCCAUUCUAUACGCCAUCGAUCAGGUUUCUAUGAGUCGGCCAACAGGGAAAGGUUUCUUCAGCGACCUAGAAUCGGACGAUACGCUUCGAAAUAUUAGACGAGAAUACCUGGCAUCUAAGAAAAACCUCCAAGAGCUGCUUGUUACUAGUCCCACAGCGAUGCGAACAAGACAAAUGCAUAUUCCUACGCCCUCCACGGAUUAUUCACGCAAAAAUGCACAAUUGAACAAUGACGAUCACUUAAGGUUGCAACUGCGAGAAGGGCUCAAAUCAGAUCCUGAAAUUCCUACUCGAGCAACCCCAUCGGGUCACAAAACUUUCCAAAAAAACAUGGAACGCAAACCAUACGAUGAUAUAGAUAGCCUGCGAUCCAUACUGUACGAUCAACAACGUCAAAUUGACCAACUACAACGGAAGUUCGAAAGUCAAGGCGCACGAAACGCUGCGUUACACGAUCGAGUCUACUAUUUGGAGCGUACGGUGGCCAAACUAGAAGCAGAACUCGAGACUCAAUCAACCGUCCGUGACUCGUAUGAACCACUGGAUCGUUCCUUCCGUGCUAAGAAUCUCUCAUCUUUGGAAUUCCAGGACCGUGACAAUACAGGAGCCCUACUAAAUCCGCGCACCACGGAUUCGGUAACAAAAAGACAAAUAUCCAACUACGAAGAUAGUACCACAAAGCUUAUACAACUGGCCCAGGGGUCGAAUUCGUGGUCAAGUUGA